AUGAAUGAUUGGCUAGCUGAAGCAAGUAACGACAUAAAUGAUUGGCAGGCUGAAGCAAGUAACGACAUGAAUGAUUGGCUAGCUGAAGCAAGUAACGACAUAAAUGAUUGGCUAGCUAAAGCAAGUAACGACAUGAAUGAUUGGCUAGCUGAAGCAAGUAACGACAUAAAUGAUUGGCUAGCUAAAGCAAGUAACGACAUGAAUGAUUGGCUAGCUGAAGCAAGUAACGACAUGAAUGAUUGGCUAGCUGAAGCAAGUAACGACAUAAAUGAUUGGCAGGCUGAAGCAAGUAAUGACAUGAAUGAUUGGCUAGCUGAAGCAAGUAACGACAUAAAUGAUUGGCAGGCUGAAGCAAGUAACGACAUGAAUGAUUGGCUAGCUGAAGCAAGUAACGACAUAAAUGAUUGGCUAGCUAAAGCAAGUAACGACAUGAAUGAUUGGCUAGCUGAAGCAAGUAACGACAUAAAUGAUUGGCUAGCAAAAGCAAGUAACGACAUGAAUGAUUGGCUAGCUGAAGCAAGUAACAACAUAAAUGAUUGUCUAGCUGAAGCAAGUAACGACAUGAAUGAUUUGCUAACAAGUAACGACAUAAAUGAUUGGCUAGCUGAAGCAAGUAACGACAUAAAUGAUUGGCAGGCUGAAGCAAGUAAUGACAUGAAUGAUUGGCUAGCUGAAGCAAGUAACGACAUAAAUGAUUGGCAGGCUGAAGCAAGUAACGACAUGAAUGAUUGGCUAGCUGAAGCAAGUAACGACAUGAAUGAUUGGCUAGCUGAAGCAAGUAACAACAUAAAUGAUUGUCUAGCUGAGGCCAGUAACGACAUAAAUGAUUGGCUAGCAAGUAACGACAUAAAUGAUUGGCUAGCUGAAGCAAGUAACGACAUGAAUGAUUGGCUAGCUGAAGCAAGUAAACUUGUUGACUGGGCUAAAAUCAGGCCAGCCGCGCGAUGUAAAAAUCUCAUUGUGACGUGGGUUCUAGACGAUAACAUCUAG